GGUGAGCGAAGUGGUAGGCUGAUACUGCUCAGGAUUGCGCAGAACUCAGUCAACGCACAAACCUGCAGGACCUUUACAUGACAAGCACGAUUUACGGAUUUGACAGGAAUUACAAAAUACAGCACCAGGAUAUCUUUUCAGUCUACUCGCUACAAUGGGGAUGGAUCGGAGGCGGAGAGCAUCCCUGGCGCUCACCUUGAACUUCAUCGCGCUGACACUCGCCAUAUCCGCACUGACUACCAGCUACUGGUGUGACGGCAACCGAAAAGUUGCCAAACCCUUCUGCACCGGGCCGGUGACAGGGAAACAAACACACUGCAUUAGGUACAACAGCUCGAACAUCAAUGACAGCAGGCUGAUACAGUAUAUAUGGGAGACCGGUGAGGAUAAAUUUGUUCUGAGGAAGUUCCACACCGGCAUUUGGUUUUCCUGUGAGCAGAAUGUGGACCUUAUUGGCGAGAAAUGCAGAAGUUUCAUAAACGUUGCCCCUCCCCAUGAGAGAGGUGUCUUAUGGCUGUGUAUUGUGGCUGAAUGUCUCUACAUCUUACUAUUGGCCACUGGUGGAAUUCUAAUGUCCAUAGAGGUCUGCCAUUUUGGAAACGCCAUUGAUGGAUUGAAACUGAACGCCUUUGCAGCCAUAUUCACAGUCUUGUCAGGUAACUAG